AUGUCUUCGGCAGAGAACGGCAGCAUUUCACAGGGCGAGGGCAAGGACCCGUCUAGCUUCCUGAGCGACAUCAUCGGCAACCCUGUCAUUGUUAAACUCAACUCUGGCGUCGUCUACAAGGGUGAGGCGCUCCCUGAGACGCUGCCGCAACGUCCUGUCCACGAUGCACAUGAACGCCGUGAAUUGCAAUCAGUGGACGGCUACAUGAACAUUGCGCUAGAGAAGACGGAGGAGUAUAUCAACGGCAAGAAGCGUAGGGAUUACGGAGAUGCAUUCGUGCGAGGAAACAAUGGUGGGUGCAUCUUCUAG